AUGACAGCUGAACCACACAGCUCUAUUCAGGAACACCUGGAGGAGGGGAGAGCUCGUUUCGGUAGAUCCAACCCGACAGCCUCCAUCGGUGCUGAACCGGGGAAAAACAACCCUAAACCCAGCAUCCUGCGGUGCCAGCCCCCCGACAUGGCUUCUCUGGGGAGCCGGGGCCCGCGCGCCGCGCGCACACGCACCCUCUCCACUCACACCCAGACACCUACACAAACAGGGCGCCAAGCACCCGCGCGCACACGCACCGGGGACACGCAGGCACCGCCGCGCCGCUUCCCCACAAAGGGCACCCUGCGGCCGCCCGUCCGCACCCCCACCGAGCCCCCGGCGGGCGGGGGUAGGGUGCCGCCCCCGCCCCGCUCGCCGCGCACACCUGGCCCAGCGGCGCUUCGGGGUCGGCCGUGCGCGCUCCUCCGGCGGCUCCGCGAAGCCGGGCCCCCCGCCCGGCACAUCUCCCGGAGCCCGGCCCAGGGGGAAGCGGGGAGGGGGUGGCUGAGCGAGGGCGGCCUCCCGAGGCGUGGAGGCGGAGGGGCGGGGGCGGCGUCAGAGCUCGGGGGGCUGGGGCGAGGCGGAGCCCCCCGAGGCGGCGCCGGCUGCCCGCAUCUCCCCCGCAGCUCCGAGGCCCCGACGGAGGCGGCACGUGUGUGCCCAGGCGACUUCCCAGCGCCCCCGGACGGCAGCGGGCGAAGGGUUAACGCAGCAGCCCGGGCGGCCCCGCAGGCCCCCGCCGCCCGGCGGCGCCGCUCCCGGGCCCGCGCGGCCCCAUCCGCCGGGGCGUCUCCGGCAGACGGCGGGGCGGGGGCGCCGCAGCGCCGACUGCUCCCGCGCCGACCGCUCGCGCUGCCCGCGGGGGGCCGGGGCUACGCGGCUGGAGGCAGGCGCGGCGGCGUCGCGCCCCCGCGGUGGCCGGAGCAGGGGGCGCGGGGCCGGGCCCGUGGGCACCGCAGGACGCGCGGAGCGAGCGGGCGCGGGGCACCAGCAAUGACAAGCCGCCUGCUCUCGGCGCUCCCCGGCCCGCCGGCUCCGGGAGGGGGGCGGCGGGCAAGCACGAAAACCUGGCCUGGACCGCACGCCGGGACUGGCCUCCGCAGCCCUCCCGUGCUCCCCAGCGACGGGCCCGGAAACCCGGCCUGGAGUUCCACUCGCCUCCCCCAAGGAAAAGUGGGCAGAGGGAGGCGACGCGCUAGAUCCCCUAGUUGGGCCAAGGGGUGGUGGGGUGCGACGGGCGGCAGGAAGAACCGGAACGGAUUCUACAGCCGUGCUGUGCAGAGAGCGCCUAACCGGUGAAGGGUGAUGCUACAGGAAGGGGACGUGGUGUGGAUCCCGCUACCCUGGGAGACCAGACCUACAAUAAAAAGCGAGGGAGGGACGCAAAGCCAGGACUGGAGUGUAGGCGGGAUGGGAUGAGGCACCCCACCACCCCAGCAGAAGAGAGCCUUGGCAACCGGACAGGGGCCUGGAGCUGACCAGGCUGCUGGAGCGGAGGAGAGGCAAAGUGGCCGCCAUCUGCCAGCCCCAAGCUUCCGGGCUCUGGAAAGCCUCCCUAGACCCGCUCUACCUCAGCACUGCAGACUCAGGCCGGCUGAGAUGCGGCCAUUUCCCUUCCAGUCAGCAGCUUGAGCUGCCUCUGACCCGCAGCCGCUCUAAGAGAAAGGCCUUCCCCCCCCUUUUUUUUGUCUCCGAUUUGCCUCAGCUUCUCCUGCCACAGGAACACCAUCUAAUAAAGGCUGAGGCAGCCUCUCUUCUUUUAAUGUU